AUGUCUACACAAGUUGAAAUCGACGCAAUAAGGAAGGAGCUCGUGAGUUCAUUCGGUCUGUCAGACCUUCUCACCGAAGAUGUUUGUAAAGAGCUUGGAACUUUGAUGCUGCUUUACCAGCUUUCCAGUGAUGAUUUAUACAUCAAGUGGGAAUCCUUCAACGUAGCCGAAGUACAAGAAAACUUAGACUUAACCAUUGAGAACAUCGACAGAUUCCAAAAGUACCUCCAAUCGUCGUUGUCUACAUCCAGAGCAACUCCUACUGCCAAAAGAGCGCGAGACAUCCAAGGAAGCAACAUCAAGAAGAAACCUAUCAUCAGGUCCAAUGCUGAUUUCAACUCUUCCAGUCCAGUUAUUCCUUCUACACCAAAUUUGAAGAAACGUAAAGUCAUAGAGGAAGCAACUCCUGCUUUUAAAACUCCAAGAGCAGACUUCAAUGCCUCAUCUCCAGCUGACUUCAACACGGCAAACAACACUUUCCAGUCCCCUUCAACUCCCAAUGUCUCCAAGAAACAGGAAUCCAAUACUAUCAUCGAAACAUUGAACCCAGAAAUCGAUGUUCUCCCAGGAUUUGUCCAGCUUGACGAAGAUCCAGCCACUAGCUUGAAGCCUUACAAGCUCAUGUACAACUUCGAUGCGUCUAAGUUUAAGUACCGUACCAUGUCUAUGAAGUUGUUGGAAAGUGCCGAUGUUCUAGAUGAUCAAAUCGAUAGCUUUACGCAACUUUAUAUAGACAACCAUAAGGAGGAUGGGAACUUGUUUGGAAACCCAUGUAUAAGCUCUCAAUUUGAUAUCAACUGCUGUGGAAGAAUCGUCCCUGAUUCUCCUAAUUACGAUAAGACUGCUAGCGUUCAACUCAACAGCACUUCAUUAUACUUAGAAACAUCUAGAAUUAACGGUAUUGGCCAAAGAAUACCUUUGGAUUUGUCCCAAUUGAAGGGCUACUCCUUCUUCCCUGGACAAAUCGUUCUUUUAAGAGGUAGAAACCCAACUGGGAGAUCUUUCACUAUCAAAGAAGUAUUAGAAAUUCCAGAAUUGGGAGCCGCAGUGUCUUCAAGACAAGACUUGGAGGAGUUUGAGGAAAUGACCGCAGAAAAUGGAUUAAAGAUCAUGGUGGCAGCAGGACCCUUCAGCAACCAUCACUCCUUGAAUUACCUGAAGCUUGAAAAAUUAACAGAAAUAAUAAACAACUCCAUGAAACCACAUGUGGUUGUAUUAAACGGUCCAUUUAUUGACAUCACAAACUCUAUGGUAGCCCUGGGAGAUAUCGAGAUACCCGAUGAUAAGCUGCCACCCAGAAAUCUCGACGAGUUGUUUAAAAAACUUAUCAGUCCUAUACUAAGAAAAAUCGAUCUGAGAAUUCAAGUCAUUUUGAUUCCCUCUGUGAACGAUACCGCUAUUAAACAUUGUUCAUAUCCACAAGAUUCUUUUGAAAGAAAGAAGUUCGGCUUGCCUAAGAACGUGAGAAUAGUUCCUAACCCAUCAAGUGUUUCGGUCAACGAAGUUUUGAUAGCCAAUUCUAACCUCGAUGUGUUCAAGGAUUUAAAGGAUGUACACCAAGAAAACCCAGAAGGAAAGCUGUUCAGUAAUAGAUUUGAGAGAAUCGCAAACCACAUAUUCGAACAGAGAAGAUUCUACCCUGUAUUUCCUGGUUCAAUAAAGAGAGUUACUCCUUUUCAAACAGCUACACCUCCGGAACUACAUGAAGGUAUUAUGGGUAAAGAGUUGUCAUUCACUUCGGUAGGAGGUCCUUCGUUGGAAGUCCCCUACUUGGGAUUAACAGAAUUGGGAGAUUCGCUCCCAGAUAUUCUUAUUAGCCCUUCUGACUUGAAGAGCUUUGUUAAGGUGAUUAGCGGGGUAGUCGUGAUCAAUCCCGGUUACUACAUAAAACUCAAUAAAGAUCCUACUAGGGAAGAUGGUACAUAUGCUGUGAUAAACAUCACUCCACCUCAAUUGAAUGCCGGAGGUGAUAAUAAUGUGCAACCCGUUUCUGAAGAUCUGGAAUUGUACUUCCAUAACAUUCACAAGAGAACUCGUGUUGACAUUUAUAGCACCUAGUCCAAGUAUGCCAUUGUUUAUACGAUUGAAUAUAUUUCUAAAAUAG